AUGUCUUCAGUUGAGUGUUUGAGAGAGUUUGUCAACCAGCGACUAUCUGCUGCUGCUGAAGAAAUAUUCGGAGUUUUUAAAAGAACCAUCGUCGAGUAUCAGGAAGAGAUCGAGCGGCAGCGCAGAAUGUUGGAUGUUAUUUGGAAACCCGAAGUGAGGUUACACAGGAUAGAGCUCCCACAGUCACGUGUCUGUAAGCAGGAGGAGGUUCUCUCUGACCAGCAGCUGUGUCUCCAGGAGAGGAACCCCAGUGUGGACCAAGAGGACCCAGAUCCUCCACAGAUUAAAGAGGAACAGGAGGAACUCUGCAGCAGUCAGGAGGGAGAGCAGCUUGAACCGAAGCAGGAGGCCGACACCUUUACGUUGACUCCGACUUGUGAGGAAACUGAUCACACUGUAGUUGAACCAAACAAUGACCACAAGCUUCUCUCCCACAACUCCCAUGAGUCUGAUAGCCAAGGUCAGGAAGGAGUAAAACUUAGUUUAACAUCAAACAAGGAACCAGCUCCUUCAGGUGAGAAGCCAUUUUUGUGCAAAACAUGUGGAAAAGAUUUUAAAUUUAGUAGUGGCUUAAACGUACACAUGCAAAUCCACAGUGGGGAAAGGCCGCAUUCUUCUGUCACGUGUGGAAAAACAUUCAUUCUGAAUUCACAUUUGAAGUUUCAUACAAGAAUUCAUAGUGGGGAGAAGCCAUAUUCCUGCAUCACCUGUGGGAAAACAUUCACUCAUGCAUCAGGUUUGAAGUCUCACACAAGAGUCCAUACUGGGGAGAAGCCAUAUUCCUGCAUUACCUGUGGCAAAACAUUCACUCAGCCAGAACAUUUGAAGUCUCACACAAGAAUUCAUACUGGGGAGAAGCCAUAUUCCUGCAUUACCUGUGGGAAAAGAUUCACUCGCACAACAAGUUUGAAGUCUCACACAAGAAUCCAUACUGGGGAGAAGCCACAUUCCUGCAGCACCUGUGGGAAAACAUUCACUCAUGCAUCAAGUUUGUAUAGUCACACAAGAGUCCAUACUGGGGAGAAGCCAUAUUCCUGCAUUACCUGUGGGAAAAGAUUCACUCGCACAACAAGUUUGAAGUCUCACACAAGAGUCCAUACUGGGGAGAAACCACAUUCUUGCAUCACCUGUGGCAAAACAUUCCCUCGGAGAGAACUACUUAGGUUUCACACAAGAAUCCACACGGGGGAAAGGCCGUAUUCUUGCAUCACCUGUGGGAAAACAUUCACUCAGACAUCACAUCUGAAGUCUCAUAUAAGAAUUCAUAGUGGGGAAAGGCCAUAUUCCUGCAUCACCUGUGGGAAAACAUUCAAUCGGUCACAACAUUUGAAAAGUCACACACAAAUCCAUACUGGGGAGAAGCCAUAAUCCUGCAUUACCUGUGGGAAAAGAUUCACUCGCACAACAAGUUUGAAGUCUCACACAAGAAUCCAUACUGGGGAGAAACCACAUUCUUGCAUCACCUGUGGGAAAACCUUCUCACGGACAUCAAAUUUGACGUCUCACACAAGAGUCCAUACGGGGGAGAAGCCAUAUUCCUGUAAAAUAUGUAACAGCGGUUUUAGAAGUUCUAGUAACUUAAAUGUCCACAUGAGAAGAAGCCACUAGGAUGAAACGUCAUAGACGCCACUCCCGUGAGUUUUAUUCUGAGCAAUGUUCAAGAUUAGAAAGGCGUUGAUGAUUUCUCUUAGGGUGGAAAACGAAUGCUGCAUUUGAGAGAAAAGUAUGUUUAGAAAUCUCUUCUGACAAGCAUAACCAUCUAGCCGAAUCCAGACUCAAUGAGCGUUGACACAUCAAUUAAACUUAGAUCACAGAUCAAAAAAAGAUGUUCAGUACUGUUUUUUUUCCCAACUAAGACCAAUCUCAAAAAAUUAAACCCAUGCUGUCAUACUCAGACCUGGAAGAAGUCAUUCAUAUUCCUGACUGGACUACUGCAACUCCCUCCAUUUCGGCAUGAACCAGAAAUCCAUCUCCCUCUUCCAUCUAGUCCACAAUGCAGCAGUGUGACUGGUUGUAACCGACGGCAUCACAUUACUCCAGUUCUGGCCUGUCUCCUCUGGCUCCUCGUUUGUUUUGAAAUCGACUUUUAAUAUCUUAUUGAUCACCUUUUAUAGCACGUCUGGGUUUGGCCCCCAGCUACAUUGUUGAAAUGCUCGCAGCCUUAGAUCCUCCAGUCUGGCCGUUCCAAAAGCGAGGCUUAAAUCACAGGGUGACCGUGCUUUUGCCAUUAGAGACUCUUGACUUUGGAGCGACAUACCUGAGAGGAUAAGGCUCGCAGAAUCAAGGCCUUCUAUUAAACCACUCCUUAAAACCCAUUUCUAUAGAACUGCCUUUAAUUGAUUUGGGCCUUUUAUGCCUUUUUAUGAAGUUGUACGGUUCUGUUCAUUUAGUUUAACGUGUAUAUUUAGGGCUAAAAUGUAAAAACCCUGGGUUAAAAAUGCAAUGUAAGCCGCUUGUAUUGUAUGACAUGUAUUGUAGUAUGUGUAUAUACGCAUGUAUUUUUUUGGUCUUCCGUGAUUGUUGCUCUUGUGGUCAUUGUCCAUAUGGCAUGACCUCUCUUGCCUUCUGUAUUUUCUGAAAUGCUUACUUGUAUUAAAGUUAUGUAUAACUA